UAGACUUUUGCAAUGAGUUUUGGGGCUGCAAUUGAAACUUAUUUUCGGUGAAUUUUGGAACACGUAUUUUCAAUAUACACAACACAAUUGUUAUCAAAUUGGCGAAGUUUUUCUCUCGAUUUUUCUGACAUUCGUACUUCGGGUGUAAUCGGUAUAACGAAAAGAAUUACGAACACGUAGUUCGCGGCUGUUCCGAGAGAGGUCUCCGUCGAAAAUUCAAAUGCGAGGGAAACGGCUGUUACCGAGACAAGAGAGAAGCUUCUCUCUGCCGAGACCGAUUAGUAACGUGACUGUCGUGACAAUUGAUGUUAUUGAAAUUCUCACUUAAAUUAAGUUGAAUGUGCCUUUUUUGACAUCUCCCAAUACUCGGAGUCUUGGACUAGCCUUGUCAUACUUGGAGACUGUGUAUCGACGUUUGUAUAUUUAUAUUUAACUGUUAUAGAUAUUAUAUAGACACUCUGUUCAUAAAUGGACCAUAUGUUUAAAUAUUUGCCAUCGAACAUGCCUGCCGAAUUUAAAGGAACUAUUCAAACCACGAUACGUAAUAUGAUGGAGCACGUUAACAACAGGGGCAGAAAUUACCAGUGGAGCUUGGAGGAUUUUGAAAUCGGAGCACCAUUGGGGAGAGGAAAAUUUGGCCGUGUAUAUCUAGCCAGGGAGAAGACUACUCAGUACAUGGUUGCCCUAAAGACACUGUAUAAAGUUGAAUUGAUAAAAGGACGCGUGGAGAAACAAGUGAUGCGAGAAAUUGAAAUACAAUCGCAUUUAAGGCAUCCACAUAUUCUUCAAAUGUUAACCUACUUUUAUGAUAACAAAAGGAUUUAUCUGGUAUUAGAAUUUGCUGCGAGAGGUGAAUUAUACAAGGAAUUAAAACGUCAACCAAACGAGAGAUUCAGCGAGCAUUUAUCUGCCAAGUAUACUUAUCAAGUGGCCGACGCUUUGGAAUAUUGUCACAGACAUAACGUUAUUCAUAGAGAUAUAAAACCCGAGAAUUUGCUACUUACAUAUAACGGAGAUAUAAAGCUCGCAGACUUCGGAUGGUCUGUACACGCGCCAUCCUCAAAGCGAGACACGUUGUGCGGGACGUUAGAUUAUUUGCCACCGGAGAUGAUAAUGGGACAGACGUACGACUUCUAUGUUGACCAUUGGUGCUUGGGGAUUCUCUGCUACGAGUUUCUCACGGGGCAGCCGCCUUUCUUAAGUGGUACCUCGCAAGAAACGUACGCGAAGAUAAAAAUGAUAAAUAUACAGUGGCCGGAACAGAUUAAAUCUCUGGCCAAAGACCUUAUAUCCAAGUUGAUCAAGAAAAAAAGUUCGGAGCGAAUUUCCUUGGCUGAGGUCAAAAGACAUCCUUGGAUCGUAGAACACAAAAAUUCGCCUAAACUGAAAGCACAGCGUUAGAACCGAUGGGAUCUCACUAGAACUGCCGAAAGGGUUAAUUUGGUAAUUUUCUGUCCUUGCUUACGGUUAGCGAAGAAUUGGUUUGACAAUAGUAGUGUAGAAUUAUUUCACUAUAACUCACGUGUCACUAGAAUUAUUUGUAGAUAUUCACAUAUUUUUAGCAUUCUGUACAAUACAAAAAAGAAAAAAAAAUUUUAACUGAUUA